UCCGGGCGAUUUCCAACAUUUUCCGAUGUUGUACUGCAACCGUUCAAAAGUGGACUAUGUAUCAUCUGUUUCAGCAUGUAUUAGGGCGACAUUAUAGUUAACCAGACCAUAUUUAGAUAUACUUUAGUUUCCCAUUAUAUAACAUUUUCGUUGUGUAUUGUCUUUCGUGUAAAUCUUCACAAACGGGGCUCUGCCCUGCUGAAGAAUGGAAAAAGAAUUUAAUUCUGAUGACAGCGGCAGGAAUACUCCAAGAGAGGUUGUUCUGACAAGGUCUGAUACUCCUGGACCUACACCUACAUAUAUUUACAGUAGGGACCAGUUAUAUGAGUUUAGCAACAGUAAAACAGCAAAGAAAAGACCAGUUUGUUUGUCUACAGAUUAUGAUAACACAGAGGGUUUAUGGGAUCCAGAGAAAUGGUUUCGAUCUUUCGAUAGUGGUGUUGGAGACAGGUUGUCUCCUCUGAACUUAGGAGACAAAGAAAAGAAAGCGGACUAUUUAAACAAAAGAAGACCAUCAGAUCCCAAAGAAAGACUCAAAGAAGAAAAAGAUGGUAUAGUUCUGAGUCCCCAGAGGAGGAGUUUUGGGACAGGAUGUCAUGUGACAGCUCCUAUGAUGACAAGACAAGUUAGUUGUCCUGCAGAUUAUAAGGACGACAACAGAAAUGUGAGACGUAUUGGUAGUGGUAGAAUACAAAUAGAUCGAGAUAGAGGAGAAAGAGAACGUGAACCUCAGAGAGAACGUGAACGUGACUAUAGGGCCAUCCGUGAUAGAUUUGAUGACAGAGAUAGGAGAUAUGAUAACAGAGGAGACAAUCGAGGCUAUAGAAGGGAGUAUGAUGACAGGAGGGACUUCAGUCGGCAUUUCAGCAGAGACAAUGGUCGUAACAGACACGAUUCCUACCGUCACCGUGAAGAAGAGGAACCAGAAUGGUUCUCGGAGGGGCCCACCAGUCAAAAUGAUCGCAUAGAACUUCAUGGAUUUGAAGGCCCCAGAGAGGUCAAAGAGGAAAUUGUGAAGGGCAAGGACGAUGAAGAAGAAGAUAACAACAUGGAUACUGGAUUUGAUGAGGAAUAUCACGAGGAGGCUCAACAGGAUGAAUCAAAUAAAAGUUCAGAAGUGAAAGUAGCCGAUGUGAAGGAAAGAAAUGGAAGUCUGGAGACAAACGAGUCAAGUUCACCUGAGGAAUCAAAUAACUCUGGCAGUCUACAUGUCCCAUCACCGCAGGCAACAAACUUGUUUGACUUCAAUGAGUUCUUCAAGAUAGAAAAUCUCCCAGGCUUAAAUGAAGGGGGUAGUCCCACUGCUGAAGUACAGACUGGAUUCCAGAGUCGGUUCAGUCGCUGGUUCUCUUCCCAUCAUGGUGGAGGCAGUAUGGGUAAUAGCCGAGAGAACAGUCGCAGAUCAUCAAUCAAUGAAGACUUUGGAUAUCUCAAUGAACUACUAAGUGGAACCAAAAGUCCUAUUGUUCCAUCACCACCACCUAACACAAUUAAUUCAAUGUACGAUAAGUCUGUGUUCAUGACACCAGGCAACAGCACAUUCUCUGACAAACCACAGUGUAUAAGUAUGGACAUGUCUGUCUCACAGAAAAACAUUAUAGCUCCAAUGUUGAACAGUAUAUUCCAGAAUUCUGGAUCAUCAUCACAUCACAAGCGUAAUGAUAGCAACAGCAGUAACUACAGUGUGCAGGAUGUUGAGGCCCAGCUUAAGGCUUUAUUGUUUGGAAGGAAGGAUUCCACAGCUUCGAGUAGUGGUAAUAACAGUCCUGCUGUGUCGUCUCCCAGAAAUGUACCAUACAGUAUCAAGACUGUACAGGAAUUGGAAGCUGAUAUGAAGCCAACGACUACACCUGGACAUAACUAUCCACAGCAGCCAAUCCCCCAUCCCCUGGCAAUGAAUCAUCACAAGAUUGAAAGACAGAACAGAAUGACCCCUCCUGGUGUAAGAAUGACUCCUCCUACUGUGAUUCAACAUCACCAACACCAGCAACAUCAGCAACAUCAGCAGCCCUCGUCUCAACAUUCUUCCAGACGAUCCAGUGAGGAUGAAGGAGAUUUGACGGCAUUUAAUAAGUUACUGAGUCUGAUGCAAGCUGGGGCAGCGGCAGCUGUAGAAUCUCCUAAAAUUCCUACUCGACAGGAGACCAGAGUUCCUUCCCCACCACAACAGAUGAUGCAGGCUAGACCUCAGACUCCAAACAGUCAACAGACGCAAGCUCAAAUUGCACAAAAUGAAUUCUUGCAGGCUUUACUUCGUAACAAGGAACAACAGAACCUGAUAAGACAGCAGGCUCUGGCUCAAAUGAAGAUGAGCUACAUGACAAAACAAUCCACGCCUCUUGCCCAGCCAACACCUUUAGGUCAGCAGACACCAGGUGGCUUACGAACAACCUUGCCCGAAUCAUUGGCAAACUAUAUCAAACAGAACCCAACCAUCAUUACAAAAUCAGCCUCCCCAACCCCUCCGCCUCAGACUGUCCCUCAACAGCCACAGGCUCCAACCAUGAUGAAUAUCAUACAGAACACGUCCACACCUAGAGCUCCAUCACCGACACCACAAGUCAUUCCAAACUUCAUGCCACAGCCAACAUCUUCACCUCGUGUACCUUCACCAAUCAUGUUCAGUCAGCAACCACCAAUGCAUCUCAAUGCACCAUCACCGAUCCAUCCAUCGCAGUUGACAAGUACAUCACCCAUCAAUGUUCCAGCAGUCUCUAUGUCGUCGACUGCUUCAAUAAGGCCACCUGUUGUCCACCGUGGACCAAGUCCCCAAGAAUUAAUAGCUCAUACACAAGCCAUAAUGCAGACAGCUUUACUUAAGAAACAAUUAGAAGAUCAAAAAGAAAGAUUUAUGAAGAAACAACAAGAGAGGGCCAAGUCGCCAAACCCUACAGCAACACCAAAUUCAUCAAAGUCGCCAAGUAUGAUGUCAAUGCCUAUGUCUAACAAUCCAGUUAUUGUUAAUAAUCAACCAAAGCCUGCAGUUUCAGUUGCUUUUACGCCAACUUCAGUGAUGAGAAAGAUGCAUUCAGACAAAGCAAGUGAAAAGGACAAACAGAAACCAGAGAUGGGAGAAGGAACACCAGCACCACCUCCACCAAUCAGACAAUUGAUACGACCUGAUGGAUCGUUAAAUGAUGAAGACCACAACAGUCCAAAUAAUGAAAUUGAUAGACACCUGAACAACAAGUACCAAGAGUCGAGGAAUGGUCCUCAUUCUCAGACAGAGCAACAGUUCAACACUCAUGUGCCUCCUCCUGGAUAUUCAGGGUCCAUGGGGUCCAGUACAGGAAACACUGAACAGGGAGCAGGUGCAAACAAAAAUGCUCGUCCUGGGCCAAAUAUGAUGUCUAACAUGAUGCCAGCCAAUGGACCACUUCCACAGAUGAGUGGGCCACCACCACUGUUGUCAACACAACUAUCAACUCCAGGCAGACCAAUUGUCAAAGCAGUGAAUGUUAGUACUAGUAGUGUAACAGGUGUAAUGACACCAAACCAGGUACCUAUUCGACAGUUCUCUGUGUCUCAGCAGCUAAAUACUCCACUAUCAUCUGCAAGUAUUCAACAGAGGGCUAUAAUGGGACAGAAUACGUUACAGACGUCAACACCUAACAUGCCACAAAGACCAAUCAACUUAUCUCCUAAUCCACUCACGAGACCCAUUGUUGGGACACCGGUGUCACAGAACUUUUCAAUGGGCAUUCCAAUAACUGGACGGAUGCCUAUCCCACCGGGAGGAGUAAAUAUGACUCCUAGUCCUCUUGUUCUACAACAGAUGAUGCAGGGAGGUAUCUCACCGGCAACAGCUAGAGUGAAUGCACUGAAUCAGAUAAACCAAAUAAACCACCUGAAUCAGAUGGCUAUACAAGCACAGCAACAGCAGCAGAGGAUGAUGGACCCUAGACUUCAAGGUAUUCGUGGAAUCUAUCCACCUUCUACAAUGAGUCCACGGAGCUCUUUGCCGUCGGCGGGACUUAAUAUUCCCAACUCUUUACCAAUGGGAGUCAACGUUGCCAUGAGCCGUGCUUUGUCACCACAGGCACCAUCUCAGAAACAAUCAAUGGGUGGCCCUGUUUCUCCAGGAUUAUAUAAUGGGAACAACAACCUGACAAAACCAGGAGAACCAAAUCUGUUCAAGUGGUUUGGUAAUGAUGUGUUGAAAGGACAAAUUCCCAACAUGCCACCGCUUCCUCAACAGGGAACCAGAGUCAUGACUGUUGACGAAAUUGAACGGUGUUAAAUUCAGUGGAAUGAUGCACUAUUUCCUAAUGAACAGGAAAUAUGGUGGCUUCAUUUUACAAUAGACUUCCCAUUACUUACAAUGUAAUUGUCAUUGGAAGAGGGAAAGGAACAAUUGCAUAGUGAUGAUGGAUUCAUGUGGUGUUCAGACGGACUCCUAUGAACAAGUUAUAAAUUUAUGUAUAAUUACAUCAACUUUGUUAUCUAAUCCAACGAUUUUGUAAGCUUGGCACAAGGUUUUAUAUAAGCUUUUUUGUCAAUUUAAAUUACAGGUUUUCAUUAGUGUGGUACCUAAUACAUGAAACAGUGAUACAUACUUUUUGCUCGAUUGCUUAGUUACAACUCGGAAACUUUCUUUGUCUCUGUAAAUAUCAAUUGUGUGUACAGAAAUGCUUGUAUCGCUCAGAUUUUUUUGUGAGUGUAUAUUUUUUUCUUUCCAUUAAUAUGUAAUAUUGUAUAUCCUUAAAAUGAAUCUGUAUGUAUAUAUAUGUGUUAAUUUCUUUUCGAUUUAGUUGAUUUUGUAAAUAAAAUGUCUUUUUUUGUCGUUUAGAGGGCAGAUGUAACAUAUCACAAUCAACUCGUCUGUUUCACUGUAAAUAAUAGGUAUAUCAUCUCUCAGUUAAAACCUCCAUGAAUAUUUCGAAUGUAAUUUAGAAACUUAAAUGUUAUUUUUGUGCUAGAGAGUUGUUUCUGUAUUGGAAGACAGACCAGUUUAGUCUGUACUAGUCAUUUCAUUAUUUUUGAACACAGGAAAAGUGCUUGGCAUUUGUAAAAGAUGUUUAUAUAUAUAUUUUUUGUUUUAUUAAAUUUUUUUGACAAAGUCAUCUUUCUGUACAUUUGUAAAUAGUCUUCGGUGUUAUUUAUUGUUUUGAUUUUGUUUGUAAAAGAAUUAACAUAUUUCUACUCUGUACUCAGUAUCAACAAACAUGACAAAUGUUGAAGCAAGUCAGAGGUCUUAUCAAUGGUGUUAGCCUCCUUUUUGAUAUGUUAAAAAAAAAAAAGUCACUGCCAAGUAUAAGCUACAUGUAACUGUGUUAGAAAGGUAGUGUUGUUUUUGAAUUGAUGGUAUUCUAUACAGUAGAUGAUGUGUUACACAAUCCUGUUCAGUUUGAAUUUGAAUAUGAUUGGGGCUGAUAGAUGUACAGUAGGUUCGGUAAAUUACAUGUUUAAAAUUUUUUUUAUUAAAAGCGGAUUUUAAUUAAAAAAAGAUACAUGGACAUCAAAAUGUAUCUGACAAAUAAAAUUUCAGUUUAGAUUUUGCAAACAAAAUCAUUGUUGUAUGUACAUAGCUGUAUAGAAUGAUGUUAUAUAUUUACUUUUGUAUGUUAGAAAAAUAAAUACAUGCAUAGCUUAUUCCACUGAAAAAAUUUUAGUAACUUUUUCAUGCAUACAAGAUUUUUAAUGUUUUAUGUAUUUAGUUGUCCUUUAUCAGUUAAAAACUUUUUUGGCCUAUCUGCAUUAGGGAGCAUAUAUUUAACAUUAUUCAAGCUUCGAGCAUACAUGAUGUACAAUACAUUAAAAAGCCAUCAUAAAUUGUAUGCUUCUAGCUUGCUUUGAGGAAUAUGUGGUUUGCUUCAAGCAUGCUUACAGAAAUAGAUAUAUGAUCCUUGAAGCAGUGACUUCAGACCCUUAGGAUACUCUGUUUUUGUUUUCAGUGUUUAAAUUAAUCCUGUUAUAUUUUUGUAUAAAAAGCAAUGUUUUAAAUUGAUAUACUAGGGUUUGUUUUUAUGAAAAUGUAAGCUAACGUUUCAGUCAAUAUGUGUAAUUUUGGUAACAUCACUAUCAUUAAGAUUAAUUCACCUUAAAUUUUUUUUUGUCAUUUUUUAUUGUCAUAAGUAAUUUUAAGACAUUAAAAAAAAUUGAAUCUAGUAUUGCAUGGGGAAGUAAACAUUUAAGUUUCAAAUGAAAUUAAACAAUAGAAAUCCAUUGGUUUGGCAUUAAAAUUAAGAAUAGUCAAUUAAACCUGAAAUAAUUCAAUAAUUUCUUCAUGGGAUAGUAUUUCACAAUUACAUUAUCAUUAGGAAUAUGGUAUUUACAUGUAUAAAUAUGUGAUCACAGGACGAGAAUAAGUGAACUUGAUAUGUUUUUGUUGUACAGUGCUUAAUAUUAUAUAACAUCCACUUAUUUUGGUCUGUUCAGUUCUUUGUGAAUAUGUUUUCUAGUAAAGUUUUUAAUACUGUGUUUUAACAGUUGUUUUAUUUUGAUACCUUUUUCUUGUGUUAAAAUUUAUUUUUUACAUUCUGUUAAAUCAAAGGCCAAGCAAAUUUAAUUGUGUUUCUCAGGCACAGAUUAUGAAUGAUUUGUUUAUUUUCAUAUCGGCUAUUUAAAGUUGUUUCACCUGAAAUUAAAGUUAACAAAAAACAAAACAUGGAUGGAUUGGCUGAUAGCUGCAUAAUGUUCAGUAAUUACUUUUUAUAUGCAAAAUCAGGUCUAAAUAUACCCUGCUUUGUAUUAGACUCAGGUUUGGUAAGAUUUUUAAUAUGCUAGCUGACCAUGUUCAAUCUGUCACAUAUUUUUCUGAACAUAGUUUUAUACAGCUAUGUACAAACAAACUGGACACAUUAUUGUGAUUCAGCUCAGACAAAUCUUUGCUCUCACUCCUAAAUGCCAUAUACUUGGCAGAAAUGCAGCAGAUAACAAAACAAAAGUCUUUGGUUUAUCUGAAUGUCAUACAAAGUCUUUAGUUUAUCUGAAUGUCAUACAAAGUCUUUAGUUUAUCUGAAUAUCAUACAAAGUCUGGUUUAUCUGAAUGUCAUACAAAGUCUUUGGUUUAUCUGAAUGUCAUACAAAGUCUUUGGUUUAUCUGAAUGUCAUACAAAGUCUUUAGUUUAUCUGAAUGUCAUACAAAGUCUUUGGUUUAUCUGAAUGUCAUACAAAGUCUGGUUUAUCUGAAUGUCAUACAAAGUCUUUAGUUUAUCUGAAUGUCAUACAAAGUCUGGUUUAUCUGAAUGUCAUACAAAGUCUGGUUUAUCUGAAUGUCAUACAAAGUCUGGUUUAUCUGAAUGUCAUACAAAGUCUUUGGUUUAUCUGAAUGUCAUACAAAGUCUGGUUUAUCUGAAUGUCAUACAAAGUCUUUGGUUUAUCUGAAUGUCAUACAAACAGACUAAGUAGAGGUAUACAUGGACUUGUUAAUACAAUCACGACAAUUAUUAGCACGAAUCAGAACUUUUCAGCAGAUUUUUGCUAUUGCCAUUUAUGAUUUAUCUAAAACAAUGAUUUAUUGAACUCAGUGAUUGGCUUCCUGUAGUGCCAUUUCUUAUUUCUGUGGACAAAAACAUCCCUGAGUAAGCCAAAAUGUAUGACAUUAUUUAAAAAAAAAAAGGGUUUGUGAGAAUACUUGAUUUUAUAAAUCUGCUUGGCCUAUGAAAACUCCCUUUUUUGUAAAUGUCAGAAAUCUGAGAGAAAACUGAUGAAACUUGUUUGAAUAUUUCUUAUGAUCUCAGUUUUAAAGAACAUUUCUGUUUCUAUAAAAUCUCAAUUUUAUUUGGAAAUGUAUGAAAUUAACAACAUCUUCAGGAAAUUUGCCUCUGAAACAAGAGAUACACAAAGACAAACACCAGUAUUUAUGACUUACCAGUUCUUUAACAGAAUUGAGAUUUUAUAGAAUCUUUAUCCUUUAUAUAAUGUUGUAAAUAUUAUUUUCCAAUACUUUCAUUGAACUUUAUAUGAUAACUUUGUUUACAUAGGAAUUACCAUAAGAUCAAUAUGUAACAAUACACUAGGGGCAUUUUUCGUAUUAACUAUGAUACAAGUUCAUUAUUGAUAGAUGCAUUUUUCUUCUGGAACGAGAGUAACAUAGACUAGUAGAAUUCUGUGAAAUUUAGAAAAGUGUUUUAAUUUCACUAUUAGAAUUGUUUCUAAAUAUUCAGUAUAGAUUUUUUCCAUGAUUUCACUGUAAAUAUAUUUUUUUUAUUUAAAAAAAGUUUCUACUUGGAUCAUUUUGUUCAAACAUACUAUAAAGAAGAUAAAACUGUUUAGAACUAUGGACGAGAGAUAAAGUAUUUCUUGGGUGUGCAUCUUAAUAGUCAUUUAUUGUUAUUUGUUUAUUUUGUACAUGUAUGUAUUGUCUAUAUAUUGCUCUGUUUUGUGUAAAUAAUAUGUGUGUGUUAUAAUUAGAAAUGGAUGUUUAUAAAUAGAAAUGGGUGUUUAUAAAUAGAAAUGUCAUACCUUACUGUUAUUCAAAUUGUUAGAUAUUUUUGUCUUCCCCUUUCAAAUCAAUGUCAACUGCCCAUAAAUAAAUACUAAAAAAUAAAUGGCAUAUUAUAUUGGAGGUCGUUUUGUGCAAUUGAUAUACCUUUAUAUAACAGUUCAGUAUCACAAGCUAUCAUUUUGGUCAUUUUCAGUUUUGCACAUAUUUCUUUUGUAACAGUAUAGUAAAUUCUUGUAAAUAGUGUGUAAAUAGUACAAAAAUGUUAUAAACUUGACGAUGUAAGAAUUUAUUUUCAUUUUCAAUAUGUACCGAGUGUCUCAAAAUGUCAUUUAGAUAAUAAAGUUUUGCUGUGAUUUUCUCAGUCUUUUGAAACAUCUGGUUUUUUUCUAAAUAAUUUUUCUCUCCAAGUAUUUAUCUUUCAGAUUUAAGGGGAAUACUAAACGCUCAAGGGAGAUUACUCUAUUAGUCAAUCAAAACAUUUAAACAACUUUUAUUAUUGCAAUAGCCAUCUCAUUAACAUGGAUUAUAAGUUUCAAAGGUAACAACAUCUCUUGUUUUGACUGGGCAUAUUUUAAUGGAAAGUAAUGGCUAACUUUUAGCAAAAGAAGAUAGUUUUUUGUUCAAUUCUUACAAAUUCUGGGACUUUGCAAGCAUGGUAUUAAAAUCAAUACUGCUUAAGUGGAACAUAUUGAUUCAGGUGACUGAACCUUAGAUUUAGCAGAGUUCUGUUGGAGAGACUCUGAUUUCAACAUGUGAAAUUUUUUUAAAAUACUUUUUAAUAAAAGUUAAAUAGAAAGGAGCACUAGCAGGAAUUGGUUAGAACAAGUUUAGGAAACAUAUGACACUUUGAGAUACCCCUAUACUCAUUUUUUGUGAAAUAUUGUGUGUGUUUUUUUUGGUAGGAAAGGGUACACAAUGUGAGAUUUUGGAAGGAAGUUGCAGUUGUAUGUGUACAUGUAUGUGUGUAUGGUGUUUUUUUCUGUUUUUAUCAGAUUAUGUUGACAUAUCUAGUAUUAAGUGUUAUAUUCAAAGUAAAUUUGUGUAUUUAUGAAAAAAAGUGCUUGCAAUGUAAUUUUGUCUUUUAUCUUUUAUUAAAGUUUAAAAUGUAUAAAAAAAGGAAAAUCAAUAAAAUGUUCAAGUAGGGUGACUGUGUUUGCAGUAUUUUAUGAUUUUGAGUAAAUAUGUUGUUUAUAAAUCCACUGAUGAGGAAAGAUUGUCCUGAUGCUAUAAGUAGAGUAUGCAAAUAAUUUAACUUUGGUAUGUAAUAUUAUUUUAGACACGGGACAUUAAGCAACCAACAAUCAAUCAAUAAUAUUAAUUUGAAAAUCAUAAUUUUUCCAAAAAAUUAAAUUCUUUCACUUCUAGUAGAGGUUAAGGUUGACUGCCAAGAGUGUUAGAAAAUAAAAUUCUUCCUUAGAAAACAGAAUGAGGGCGAUACAAUAAAAUUUCUCAUCCAGUCGUAAAAUACCUAGCCAUUCACUGAUGUAAAAAGUGGUACUUUUGUUCUGUAAAUUUAUACACUAAAAUGCACACCAUAGAACUGAAGGUUGGUGUUUAAAAUGCUUGUAAAUAUUUGAAUGAUGUAGAAUACUCCAUGACAUCAGAUAUGUUUAAGCUGUAAUGGAAGCAACAUUGAAAUGUUUCAUUUUAAUCUCUGCCAUCAAAGAAAGAGACACUAAAAUCCUUAAAAUUAAUUACUGCAUGGAAAUUGUUCUGUUAAAAGAGUUCUAACAAGGGAAGGGUACACUUCUUCUACUGAUAGAUGUGAUUUAUAUUUAAUGUAAAAAUGUUUGUGUAAAUUUGGUGAUAAGAGAAAAAUACUUAUUUUAUAUGUUUUAUGCAAGUAGUGAAUUUCAGUAUUAUUUAAUAAAUGGGUACUAUAUUCUUUUUUAAUUUAUUUAAACUUUUUCUGAAACAAGGGGAGGUAUUAUACAUAGUUUAAUCUAUUUAAGAAAGGUUAUGUAUACUAAAUUUCUUUCUUCAGAAGUUCUAUUUAUAUUCCCCAAUCUAACAAAAAAUAUUUUUAGGAUUAAUCUAUAUUUUGAUGGAGUUCUAUAGAUUUCUCUGAUACUGUGUGUACUUCGUCAAGAUGAUUUUUAAGAAAAGUAAAACAUUAUUAUUCCGAUUACUAAGUUUAUAAGCUCUCAUAAGCUGUAAAUAAAAGUUAAACAAAAUUAAUAAACCUUAAAUUUUUUGACAGGACAACUUUCACUGGUUUGGAUUUUAGACUGUAAUCAUACAAGUUUGUAUUGUCAUUUCUGUCCACAGAAACAACACCAUUUGAAUUCCUAGAAGAAACAUCUUGCUCGAAAAAUGAUGGCAUACAGUAUAAUGGUAAUGAUAAUUUGAGGGAAAUUUAAGGGUACAGUUUAAUUAAAUGUAUCUUAAAACCAUAAUUUUUGGGCUUCUCUUAGAGAAAUUUUCAUGAAAAACUAAGCAUCUUCGGACACACAGUUCCUUGAUUUGUCUUCUGACGCACAGUAGCUUGUUUUGAAAGGAACAACACUUUCUAAAAAGAAGUUUGAUUGAGAAAAGAACUCUUAGUUGUGAUAUUUGUCUCAGGUUCAUGAUGUUGUAAUUUGUAUGCUUGGGAUUGUGUAAAUAUGGACGGAUGAUUGGUUUGCCAGGUUGAGUUCACUCGUGAAGUGUGAGAAAAAUUCUAUUCUAUUUCAUAAUAAUUUCACUUCCAUAUAGUGAUCGUUGUCUGUGAGGGGUUAGUUCAGAAGCUUUCAGUCUCGGUUUUGUUGUGUUAAUAUUACAUUAGAACUUAAGCAGAUUAAUUAUGAACUUGUACUCAAUGCAAAUAUGAAAGUUUUAAAAUGUGUCAUUAAUAUUGAGCCUUCCAGUUUGCCUAAAUUUUACUGCAAGUAGUGCAACUCUACUUUCAUCAACAGAUAUAGGCAUAGUUUUAAGGUAUUCACACAAAAAACUAAUGUGACCUGCCUUGGAAAAUAAAAAGGGGCUAGGAUGAAAGAAUAAAUGGUCUUUGCACAGAAAAAUCGGGGCUGUUUCAUAAAAACAUACAUGGACCUUCACAAGUCACUUCAAAGUUUCAUCUACUUGAAGGUGUCUGUACUGGAAAAGGGUAUAAACUUGCCAUUAUAGAUGGUAAUCAAAUUUUCAAAGUGCCUACCCUAGGUAUCAGGCAUUUCAAUGGAACAGCCCUUAAUCUAGACUGACACAAUAAAACAAUCUUGUUUGUUUGAAAAGUAUUGAUGCCUAAAUAUAUAAAUAUUGAGCUGCUGAAGUAUUGGUGUAGUAUUGACGUGGAGUACGGACAUCCUGUUCCCUGUUGUAAAUUUGGGUACCAGUUACAAUUUUAACCGUAUUCACAUUUUUCCAUUCUUUAGGUUAACAUUAUAUUUUAAGUGAAUUGUGUUGAAUAUGAAUUAAUUGGUCAUGAAUAUUAUGUCACUAUGAAUAUAUACAUUAGUUUACAAAGAAAUAAGAAUUUAUUUUAAUUUUUACCCAUAAUGAAUUAACACUUAAAUAAUUUCAUCUUGAAUUUUCACAGAAAAAUUACAUUUUAUGUUGCCAUGUUAGUACCAUAAAGGCUUGUCCCACCUAGAAAAUAAUAACUAAAAACGAUGUUCAAUACAAGUUAAUGAGAGAAAGGGAGGUAAAUCAGGAUGAAAUGAGAUUGAAAGAAGGGGAGAUAAAUCAGGAUGAAAUGUGGAGGUUUAAUUAUUGUGGCCAAUGGAAACAUUUUAUCACUACUAUAAGAAAUAUUUCAUCCCAGUUCAGUUCAUUUUUGAACAUUCCUGUUGUGGACACCAAGACUUGUUUACUAUUUAUACUGUAUAUUCUGUGUAUGUGUAAUAUUUUUUUUUGAUAUCAUUGUAUACAUGGUAUUAAUGAUGAGGAAAGUUGAUAAGCAGUGUUUUGGGAGUAGGAAUUUUUGUUAUUUUUUUAAGCAGUAAUUGUAUAAUGAAUAUCAUUUUCUUUACAAAGUAAGAACAGUGAAAGGAAAGAAAAACUUCAUGUUGGAAACUUCUUGUAUAUGGUCAAUAUUUGAUUUUUGAGUUGGUUUUAAUAUAUGUUUUUCAUUGAUUUUCUUUAUUCACAAAAUAAAAAGUAUAACAUUAACAGACUAAAGAAAGUGCUUUGCAAAGUCAUAAAGUAUGAUUAAAAACAAAAUUAGGUUCAGUUGAAGUGAAGUCCUGAAACCUGGUUUUUGUCAUGCCUCCACUAUGUCUCAAAGACGAGACUUAGGGGCAUAUGCUCCAACAAGUCUAGAAGGCCAGACUUAGGGGCAUGCUGUUCAUGGUGGUUUUGGCUGCAGCGGCAACAAUGAAUUAGUUUGUGAUUAGAUCAGUUUAAGGGGAACCACAAGUGGUAGUUCAAUGAUAUUUAAUAUGCAGUUGUAUUAGCAUUGGCACACCUCAUUUCCAUGUAGACUUUUUGCCCCCCACUCAGUCAUGUUCUAUUGACUUUGAAACUUCCUUAAUUUACAUGUUGAAGUUGUGCUUAGGUCAGGUUUAAGGGGAACCACUUAUAAUAAGUCAAUGGUAUAUGAUAUGCAGUGGUAUAAGCAUUGGCAUUUUUAAUUUUAAUAGAUUAUUUGGCCAUGUACCUUCAGUGAUGAAUUUUAUAGUUUACAUGCAAUUUUAACUUCCAUAUUUACAUGGUAUACUAUCAAAAUUACAUUAAGGCGCGACAUCUCGUGUUCAACAGUUUUUUUUUGUACGGGAGAGUAGAAAUGAAAAUAGAUACUUGAUUGAAAUGUCAUGUUUAUAAAUCACUGCUCCCUCAUAUCAGCUUGCUUUAUUUUACUUAGAUAUUCACCAUUGUCUACUGUUGGUGGAAAAUUACAAGAAUUCCUAUUACAACAAAUUAUUGAAACCAUCCACUAUUUAAGUAACAUCUUUAUAUAUAACAAUAGAAAUUUGUCAAGUUAUUUUUCUAUCAUUUUAGUUUUUAUCCCAUACCAGAUAAAUAGCUUUUGGAUCAGAAAAGGGGCACUUUACUGAGGGUGCACUAUCUACUAUUGAUUAUGUAAUUAUAUUGUGUUAGAACAUUUCAAUCUUUAGCUGUUGUGUCUAUGGUAGACAGCUCUAUACACUGUGAUGAUAAACUUGAAGCUCGUUGAAUGGUCAGAUUUUUUUUGGUGUAUAUUUUUGUUCACAUUUUUUUGAAUUGUAUUAUUGUACUUGACAAAACAAAAGUUGGAUUUGUCAUUUAAGAGCUUCUGACAAUUAAGAAUAAAAAUAUUAAAUUGCA